AUGAAUGUGAAAGAGGAGUGCUGUCGUUGGAAUUCUUGGAAUCAUUUCGGUUGUUCCAUUAAUGAAAAACUUAUAAAAGCCACAACAGAUGCACUCGUGAUCAGUGGACUUGCAGCAGCUGGCUAUGAAUACAUCAACUUAGAUGAUUGCUGGCAAAUAAGUCGAGAUGCUGAUGGAAUUAUUCAACCCGAUCCACAAGCUUUUCCAAGUGGUAUUGCCGCCCUUGCUGAUUAUGUGCAUUCAAAAAAAUUAAAAUUCGGUUUAUAUUCAGAUGCUGGUUAUAAGACAUGUGGUGGACGCCCAGGUUCGCUUGGGUUUGAGAUAAAGGAUGCAAACACCUAUGCAUCAUGGCAAGUUGAUUAUCUCAAAUACGAUAAUUGUAAUACAGAUCAAACGAUUCCGGAAAAACGUUAUCCGGUAAUGAGAGAUGCAUUAAAUGCUACUGGUCGACCGAUUUUUUACUCAAUGUGUGAAUGGGGAGUUGAUGAUCCAGCCUUGUGGGCAGCUACUGUGGGCAAUUCGUGGCGUACAACCGGUGACAUCAGUGAUAAUUGGAAUUCAAUGAUUUCAAACAUAGAUAUCAACGAUCGUUAUGCUGAUCAUGCUGCACCUGGCGGAUGGAAUGACCCAGAUAUGCUCGAAGUUGGAAAUGGUGGAAUGACAAAUACUGAAUACAUAUCACAUUUUAGUAUAUGGGCUAUAUCGAAAGCACCGCUGUUAAUCGGAUGUGAUGUAACAAAAAUAAGUCAAGAUACAUUGAAUAUUCUAACAAAUCCAGAAGUAAUCGCUAUUAACCAAGAUUCGUUGGGUGCGCAAGGAAAAAAAGUGGCGACUUAUUCAGCUCGAUACAGCAAUACGACUAUAACCAGUGUUGCGAUAGCACCCUGCUUAGCAGAGGAUAAUAAUUUAAAACAACAAUGGGAAUAUGAAAGUUCGGAUGACAGUAUUCGAAGUAAAGUAGAUGGUAGAUGUUUGCAAGUACAUGAUUAUACAUUAAUGACGUCGAGUGACAAAGAAGCAGCAUCUAUUGUUGUUGGUCUCUGCACAAUAGGUGAACCGCAAAUGCCGUGCAAUUCGUUGAAUCAACAAUGGAAAGUAACUUCAACGAUCGACGGUGAAAUGCAAACAUUUUUAGAUGGAAAGUGUUUGGAUGUUUACGGAAAUACUGGUCCAGGUGUGGAUGCAUUUAGUUGUAAUAAACAAGAUAAUCAAAAAUGGAACUGGAAUUCACAAGAUUCCACCGUACGAAGUAAAUUAAAUGGAAAUUGUUUAACAGUUCAACAAGAAUUAGAAGUAUGGGCCGGACCGCUAGCAGAUGGAUCACUAGCUGUUAUGCUAUUGAACCGAGGUGUUAGUAAUGAACCAAUGACAGUGAAAUGGACAGAUAUUGGAUUGAAAGCACAACAGUCUGCACUCGUUCGAGAUUUAUGGAAACAUAUGGAUUUAGGAACAUUUACUGGUAUGUAUGCUGAACCAAUGGUUCAGUCGCACGGUGUUGUCAUGCUGAAAAUAACACCGAUAAAGUAA